UUCAUUUUUUUCUCAUCCUAAAGACGAUCUGUCUCUUCAUCAUUCAAUUUCCUUUAAACAUAUUCUUGAAUCCGAAUACUCUGUCUUUUUCUGUCGAUUACUUUAGUCAAUUACUCUUUGCAGGCCACGCAAGUUUUGUUGUAUCGUUCCGAGGUCACUUCUAGGACUCAUUAAGACACCCAUAUACCUAUUUAACCUCAAAAUAUCUUAUAUCCCAUCAAACUUACAAACCAAGAUGGGAUCCAUCGCCAAAAGAACAAUCGGCUCUACUCACCAGUGGUGGAAGGAAGCCAUCGUAUAUCAAAUUUAUCCAGCCUCUUAUCUUGACACCACCGGAUCAGGAGAUGGAGAUCUUAACGGGAUCGCCUCAAAAUUACCAUACAUCAAAUCUCUCGGUGUAGAUGUCGUAUGGCUCUCUCCUAUCUACAAAUCACCUAUGAACGACAUGGGCUAUGAUAUUUCGGAUUAUCGAGCUAUCAAUCCAAUGUUCGGUACAAUGGAAGACUGGGAACGUAAGUUUUUCUUUGAUUUCCACAACUUCGAUAGUAAGUACUAAUAAUCUUAGGUCUCUGCGAAAAAGCCCACGAAUUAGAUCUCAAACUAGUCAUGGACCUUGUCGUGAACCACACAAGUUCUGAACAUGCCUGGUUCAAGGAAUCCGUCGCUGGUGGUCCGAACGGUCCAAAACGAGAUUUUUACUACUGGGAACCACCGAAAAAUGGUAAAGAGCCCAAUAAUUGGGGAGCCAUGUUCGGUGGUUCAUCGUGGGAAAAAGAUCCAUCGCAUCAAACGGAUGAAUAUUAUCUGCACGUCUACGAUGUCAGUCAACCUGAUUUAAAUUGGACUAAUCCUGCCGUACGUAAUGAAGUCUGGGAUAUCAUGAGAUUUUGGCUUGAUAAGGGAUGUGAUGGAUUCCGUAUGGAUGUUAUCAAUUGCAUCUCAAAGGAACCCGGAUUUCCCGAUUUCGAAGUGACGGAUCCGCGUAAUGAAUUUCAAGUUGGGUUUCAUAGCAAUUUCAAUGGACCGCAUGUAAAGGAAUAUCUGGAAGAAAUGCAUCGCGAAGUACUUUGUCAUUAUCCAGAAGCCUUUACCGUUGGAGAAACCCCAGGAAUCAAAACGGCCAAGAGUGCAUUGGGAUUAGUACAAGGCGGGAAACCCCUUCAAAUGGUUUUUCACUUCGAACACGUGUACUUUGACAUCCAACCUGGAAAAAAACCUUUCUUUCCACGUCCCUCCUGGGAUCUUACAGAUCUGAAAAAAAUCCUCGGAGAUUGGAUGACAUUCAAUGCAGCAAAUGAUGGCUGGGACUCCCUGUAUCUCGAAAAUCACGAUCAGCCCCGCAUUCUAGGCCGUUGGGCAAAAGAUACUCCAGAAUGGAGAGUUCAGGCUGCUAAAAUGCUGGCGCUUUUUCAUGCUACUGGAAGAGGAACAUUAUUCGUAUACCAAGGACAGGAAAUUGGAACGGCUAAUAGUCGAUGGUGGAAAAAUGAAGAAUUUAGGGAUUUGGAAGAGAUUAAUUUCUUUGCAGCCGAGAAGAAACGUAGAGAGAAGGAAUCAAAUAGGAAAGAAGUAGACAUGUCUGAUAUCUCUCGUGGAAUCCAAGGAUAUGGAAGAGAUAAUUCUAGAAUGGGUAUGCAAUGGGAUGAUUCCCCCAAUGGUGGUUUCACAACUGGACAACCAUGGAUCAAAACAAAUGAAGAGUAUAAAGAGAUUAAUGUCAAGGCUCAAGAGGGUAUUAAGGGAAGUACACUAGAGUUCUGGAAACAGAUGAUUCAAAUUAGGAAAAAUAAUCCGGUGUUGUGUAAAGGCGGGUUUGAAAUGUUGGAUCAGGAGAAUGAGGAGGUUUAUGCCUAUUUGAGGAUUGGGGAGGGGAAGAAAUAUUUGGUUGUUUGUAAUUUUAAGGAGUGGGAUGUCACAUGGAAAGUUCCGGUUGUGAAGGGAGGAUUUUUGUUUGGGAGUUAUGAGGAUGAGGGGGUGAGUGAUGGUGGAGAGGAGGAGGAAAUGAAGUUGAGACCGUUUGAGGGGAGGAUUUAUGUUAGGGAUGUUUGAUGGGGAGAUAUUAGAUGAUUAUUGAGUCUCUGUAGGAGUUUAAUUAAUGGUUUUUUUUUGUUGUAUGCUCUCCCCUUUUAUCACGUCUAGCGUCGAUUCAUAUUUUCUCA